GACACGGAUCGCUUCGCCCAUAAGACUUUGACGCGCCCCGCCGCCUCGCCUCGCCUCGCCUCGCCAUCCAAGCCGCACCGUGUCGCGCUCGCGUAUCCCGACGCCAUCGAACGGCAUCAGAUCGGACGCCGCCCCCGCCGAAGCCGAACGCCAUCAAACUUGACGCAACAGCCCAUCGUCUGAUCCAUCCACGCCGCCUGCCUCCGCGGGAAGGAAAGGGAGAGAGAGGGAGGGGAGGCAGCCCUGCUCCUCUGCCUGCCGCCGACUGUUCGUCCGUCCCGGCGGCAUGGGCGCGAACGGCAACGACGUGGUGGCGGCGGCGGCGGCGGGGGAGAGCCCGAUGGGGGCCGCGAGGGUCGUCGCGGAGGGCGGGGCGACGGUGUUCCGCGGCGCGGACUACUCGCUGCCCCGCACGACGGUGGCGCUCGCGCUGUGGCUGGGCGGCAUCCACUUCAACGUCUUCCUCGUCCUCGCCUCGCUCUUCCUCUUCCCCCUCCGCGUCGCCGCCAUGGUUGUGGCGUUCCAGCUCCUCUUCAUGCUCAUCCCCCUCAACGACAAGGACAAAUUGGGCCGCAAGAUCGCCAGGUUCAUAUGCAGGUACGCGAUGGGCUACUUCCCGAUUAGUCUGCAUGUGGAGGACUACAAGUGCUUCGAUCCCAACAGGGCAUAUGUGUUCGGCUUUGAGCCACAUUCUGUGCUGCCCAUCGGAGUCGCGGCGCUCGCUGAUCUUGUCGGGUUCAUGCCUCUACCCAAAAUUAAGGUCCUCGCGAGCAGCGCGGUGUUCUACACACCGUUCCUGAGGCAAAUAUGGACGUGGUUAGGACUAAUUCCUGCAACGAGGAAGAAUUUUCAGUCAUAUCUCGGAGCUGGUUAUAGCUGUAUCAUAGUGCCUGGAGGUGUACAAGAGAUUCUUCAUAUGGAUCAUGAUUCAGAGAUUGCCUUUUUGAAAUCAAGGAAAGGGUUUGUCAAGAUAGCUAUGCAGUCUGGCUGCCCUUUAGUUCCCGUUUUCUGUUUCGGACAGAGCUACGCGUACAAGUGGUGGAGACCGAAGGGCAAAUUGUUUGUGAAAAUUGCUAGAGCAAUUAAAUUUACUCCCAUUGUCUUUUGGGGAAGAUACGGGACACCAAUCCCUUUCCCAACGCCCAUGCAUGUAGUUGUUGGCAGACCCAUUGAGGUUGAGAAAAAUUCUCAGCCUACCAUUGAUGAGAUAAAUGAAGUCCAUGAACAAUUUACUGUGGCCUUGCAAGAUCUUUUCGACAAAUACAAGACAGAAACUGGAUAUCCUGGCCUCCAUCUAAGAGUCCUAUGAUAUAAUUCCAGCACUAAACUCAGGUUAGGCUUCAGGAAUAACAUGGCUCUACUGUAGGAGUAACCAGUAAUCUAGUAGCACUUCGCACUCAGGUCGCAGUAUGGUCAUCUUCAGAAUCUGCAGUCUGUAGCUAAGGCACGUGGUUCGUACAGCACCGCUGAUGUAAAAAUUGUCACUGCAGGCCGCUCAUAAAGCCUUAUAAAAGAUGACCUUUCUCAUAAAUUUUAUUUCCUUGUUUCGAACUUUCGAUGAGUGAAUGCAUGUGUAAAUAUACACUGUGAAUAUCAAAAUGCAACUUUGGAUUGGAGGAUCGUGA